AUGAGUGUGGCAAAGAAAAGAAAAAUAGUAGACGAAAAUAGAAAGUACAGUGAGGAGUGGGAAGAAAAGUACUUUUUUAUAAUUCAAAACACAAAAUUAAUGUGUUUGAUUUGCCGAGAAACAGUAGCUGUAUUUAAAGAAUAUAAUGUUAAAAGGCAUUAUGAAACAAAACAUAAUGAUUAUUUGAAAUUUAGUAGUGAAGUGAAACAAUCGAAGCUCAGGGAAUUUACGUCACAAUUAAAAACUCAACAAAAAAUGUUUAGUUCAGCAUUACAGCAACCAUCUAAUAUCGUUAAAGCAAGUUAUUCUGUCUCAUUUUUGAUUGCAAAAAAAAUGAAAACAUUUUCAGAUGGUGAAUUUGUGAAAGAAUGUUUGGAAGCUGUAGCAAAGGAUAUUUUACCUGAUAAAAAUAAACUUUUUUCGAAUAUAAGUUUAUCCCGACAAACAGUAUGUCGUCGAAUUAAUGACAUUUCAAACGAAAUUAUUGUAAAACUACGCGAUCGAAUUCAAGAUUUUAAAUAUUUUUCUAUUGCAUUUGACGAAAGUACAGAUAUAUCAGAUACAGCUCAACUUGUAAUAUUCGUUCGUGGAGUAAAUGAAUCAUUUCAAAUAACUGAAGAAAUGUUAAAAUUGAUAAGUUUGAAAGGAACUACAAAAGGUGAAGAUAUUUUUCACGCUGUUGAAAACAGUUUAUGCGAAAACAAUUUGGAUUUGGAAAUUAUUUCUGGAAUAUCAACUGAUGGUGCACCUGCUAUGGUUGGCAAAGAAAAAGGAGCUAUAAAACUACUGAUCGAUAAAAUAGAAUCUACCAGAAAAACUAAUAAUUUCUGGAAAAGAGAUGAUUUAUUUUAA